UCGGGAGCCGCCGCCUGUGCUUCGUCUCCUUGCUCUGCAUCUCCCUCCCACCUGAAAACUGAACGGCAGCGGAGACGAAGCACGGCACCACCACCAAAAUGAUGAGCCAACACCUUUUCUUCGACGCUGUCGACCGUGGUCCGGCCGCCGGCUGAGCUCCACCGCGUCGAGGCGCGUGGGGUCAUCAUGUCCCGUUCCGUCGACCCAUGUGCCAUGUCAUGUCGACCCGCCGCCGCCGGACUCGGCGGCACUGACCGGCCGGCUGCUGGUGCUACUGUCAGCUUGCCGGAGCUGAGCCUCCUCCCCUGGUAGGCUGAAGGCGCCGUCGGCCCUCCCCAUGGUCAAAGCUGGGAACGGGAUAUUCUCUUCUUCAAGGGUAAAAGAGGGAGGUCCGCAUUGCAGGCUUGCAGCACGGACCGGAUUCUUUCGCAAGAUGUCCAACUAAUUGAGACGCGCGGGAUCCACGUCCUCUUCCAGGUCAGCACCACCGAGCAUGUGCUGCUGUAAAAAAGUGCUGCCGUAAAAAAGAAGAAGUAUACUAUAUAAUACUGGUGCGGUGGUGCCCCUGCGAUACGGCCGUGGGUGUUUCUUCGGAGAAGGAGGAAGACGGGAGCUUCCAGAUUGAGCGCCCUUGAGGAGCCACGGGUAAUUGGCAACUUUAUACAAGACCUCACUGCUGAGUCCUAAGUAGUGGAGUACAAGGUAAUUGAUUAUAGCAAAGCAGAGGUGCAGGUGCCGAAGAUGAGUCCGGGAUGGAAAGACUGCGCCGGCUGCUUCAAGGGCAGCGAGACAAGCAAUGACUGUCACCCCCUGUUUGAUCAUAUACUUAACAACCUUCGCAAGGACAAUGUCAUGAGCUGUAUCGAUGGUUGCACCUGGAGGUCGGAAGUGCACCGAGUUCAGCUGCAGAAUCAAUCCAAGGCGCUGGUUGUGAAGAAGGUGCAAAACGAGAGUGGAAAUGCAGUGGAUCCAUGUCUUCACGACCACUGCCAGUCUGAGGUGAACCUGCUGGACAGCAUUUGCCAUGACAACAUCAUCAGUCUUGCGGAUUAUAUUCGCCGGGACAACUUCAUCCUGCUCAUCUACGACCAUGAGGAGAACGGCAGUCUUUACCAUUGGCUGCACAACCCUGUUCCCCCCCAGCCGGCUGCAGAGGGGGUGGUGCUGGAAUGGCCGACUAGGCGGGGCAUCGCCAUCCGCGUCGCUGACGGGCUCUGCCACCUGCAUUACGGACGCAAGAACCCCGUCGUGCACCACAACAUCAACUCUACCAACAUAUUGCUUGAUGCUGACCUCAACCCCAAGAUCGCUGGCUUCGAUCUUGCUCGGGUCGUCAGCUUUGCUGGACAGCCGGUGCCAAUCUCGGAGCUCGCUGCUAGCAACAUGUUCGGCUACACGGCUCCAGAAUAUCUGACCACGGGGGCGACCGUCAAGGUUGACUCGUACAGCUAUGGUGUGGUGCUUUUGGAGCUCGCGACCGGGCGGGUGGCCAGCAGGCCCCUGGUGACCAACGAAGCCAUUGCGGAUGGCCACUUGGGAAUCUGGGCAGGGAUUCAUUCGAAAGACCUGGUGCGGAAUGCUGGAGAUUUCAGCACCGUCGUCGACAUGGCCAUCCCAGAUCAAGCCCGAUACCUCAAGGAGAUGGUGGCCAUGUUCAAGCUAGGCGUGGAUUGCACCGUCGAGCAGCCGCAGGAGAGGCCAGACAUGAAUGAGGUUCUCCAUCGCCUCCGCAACCUUGGCCGUUGAUUCAGUUUCGCCUGCUAUCAUGUAUCAUCAACCUUGGCCGUUGAAUGAGGCUGACUAUUUUUGCUUGUGUUUCACUGGUCAGAGCAAAAAACACUGAAAAUAACGUGUUUCUCGUGGAA